CAGGAAUGAGUGAACUGGGAGAGAAAAAAAAUGCCAAAGAGGCCGAUCUUGGAACCCCCCUUUUUUGGUUUUGUUUUUUUUGACAGAAUACACAUCUCGCCCAAGCGCCACAGCCCAUCAUGGUCCGCCAGAGACUGGCCCACAUGAACUGCGGGAAGAGGGCUAGACCCAGAGGCUGGGCCGAGGAGAGGAGACCGAGGCCUGCGCAGAUCAUCGGCGUCUUGUAUACAAGGUUGAGACUGAAUGUUGACUCCACGAAUCCGACCCCAACCCCAACUCCAGAACACACAACGCCGCGAGGUGGUUGGCAGAGUGAGGUUUGCGGCAUAUAUGAUGCAAGUCAAGAAACUGUAUGUCCCGGGGGAGGCUUGUUGGAAACGGACAAGGCACCUACCACUUCGGCACGGAUUACAACACAAGUCUUGGUCAUCUUUAGGCCCUUCCUCUUAGUGCUUGUCACAGCAAUGGUGCCACAAGCCCGGCAGAUCAGCAGCCCCGUGGCGGACUGUCCAACCCCUAGUAACCGUCUAGGCGGGGACCUAGAUCGCCAGUGCAGUACGGAGGUGUGA